AUGUGUUUCAAUAGGACGUUAAUGAUCGGUGCACACCAAGACAUCACCAAGCCAAAGAGCAAGAAGUCGCCUUCACAAGUUGCUGUUGUAACUCUCAGAAGACGCUAUUGUACUACGUGGCCAAUGAGACAUCCUGCAACUGACUGGCCGUCAAGAAGAAUGUCACCUCACUCACAGGGUGGGGGCUCCACUUUGGAGCUACAGCCUAUUAAAGAGGAGGGCAAGGAGCCACAGCCCACCCACAUGAAAGAGGAAGAGGAAGAACUCUCAGUCACUCAGCUUCUCGGGUCAAAGGAGGCUGAUCUCAACAUGUUGCCACUGACUGGUGUCUCUGUGAAGACAGACGACCAUGAAGACAAACCACCUGAGUCCUCACAGCUUCAUCAUAGUCCAAGUGAGGAGAUGAGAGAGGCGGAGCCUUCAUGCAGCAGCUCACUGCAACACAUGACAACAGAAGCUGAUGGAGACCACUGUGGAGGAUCACAAGCAGACAACCUCUUAGCUCCACUGUCAGAUAGUGACGACACGACGUCACACUCUCCUGAAGAUGAAGACAGCGACUACAACCAAGAAUCUCUGAGCAGCGAUACAGACUGGGAAGGUGAUAUGACGACUCACACUGGCAACAAACACUCUGAAAGCUCGAAAAAGAAGACCGCUAAACAUUUUAACUGCUCACUUUGUCAGAAAGGAUUCUCUCGGAGGAGCAAUUUGACUCGGCACAUGACAACGCAUACAGGAGAAAAACCUUUCGGUUGCUCAGACUGUGGUAAACGCUUCACUUUAAAAGCAAACAUGCAAUCACACAUGAGAACGCACACAGGGGAAAAACCUUUUAGUUGCUCAGACUGCGGUAAAGGCUUCACUCAAAAGACAACCAUGCAAAGACACAUGAGAACACACACAGGAAAAAAACCUUUUCGUUGCUCAGACUGUGGUAAACGCUUUGCUAUGAAGACAAACAUGAAAUCACACAUGAAAAAACACACUGGAGAAAAACCUUUUGGUUGCUCAUACUGCGGUAAACACUUUGCUUUAAAAACAUACAUGAAAACACACAUGAGAACGCACACAGGAGAAAAACCCUUUCGUUGCUCACACUGUGGUAAAGGCUUCACUCGAAAGACAACCACGGAAAUACACAUGAGGACACACGUAGGAGAAAAAACAUUUAUGGAUGGAAUUUAUGUUAGCACCUUUAAUGAUAAAGAUGCUAAACAUUCGGGGUCUGCCUGUCGGUGACAUCAUUGUCUUCCGUGUGUGUGGUGGUCAUGGGAGUUGGAGUUGACGUGUUAAAUACAGUUGAUUGGCUUCUUCUUCCUUUGGUCAGUUCAUUCCCUUGGGAACAAUAUUUGUAUUUUGCAUUGUUGAUUUGAUAUAGAUAUAGAUGUAAAGGGGAAUCAUUAUAUAACUGUGUAGACAUUGUUGGAUUACAUAUUGAUGAAAUCAGAUAUUUUACUCUGUUUAUAAUCCUGACAAGGAAAUGUCAGUCAAAGUGAUUCCGUUUUAUUGAAAAAUACAUUUGGGUGAUACUGUCUCUGUACUGACUGGGUAUCACAUGGAUUGCCUGAUGCUGUAUUUUAGCGUGGACAUUGAAUGCAACACCUAAUAAAGUACUGUUAUUCCAUCUGUUCCAGCCUAAAUUGUGUCAUGUUUGCAUUGUUUUAGUUUGGUCAGUAGAGGGCACUGUGUACACAG